CGCGAAUAUCAAGGAACGAGUUCAAAAAUUGACUCGUGGCGGGAAAGUCGAGAUUCGCAUAGUCUUGCAGAAUCCUUCGGUUGUUUUUCCCACAGCCUACUCAGCGGACAACGCGAAUUAUCUCGUUGUAAAGCUCAAGACAGCAGAUAUACGGUUAGAAACGUGCCCUGACCGCGCAACAGAGAGCAUCGACAUGAUGGCAAAACGCAUGUGC